CGUACGAUGGUCGCGUCAUAGUGGGACUACUCAAGGAGAAAUUCUUUUCGACAACAUCAAAUGUUAUGGAUUAGCUAUGGAUCAUCAAAGACAUCUUUAUGUUUCUGAUACUGAUAAACAUGAAAUAAGACGAUAUCAAAUGGGAGACAUCAGUGGAACUGUCGUAGCCGGCGGUUAUAGUCGAGGCCAUAGUCUCAAUCAAUUGAACUUUCCAACAUUCCUCUUUGUCGAUCAUGAACAAGCUGUCUAUGUAUCAGACUGCAAGAACCAUCGUGUGAUGAAAUGGAAUCAAACUGCCACGGAAGGAAUUAUUGUUGCUGGUGGUCAAGGUGACGGGUGGACUCUGGCUGAAUUGUCAGGUCCCGAAGGACUCGUCGUCGAUAGAUGUGGCACUGUCUAUGUUGCAGAUCGAAAUAAUCAUCGAAAAUUAUUUCAACAAAAUUCUGAAAAUGGAAUAUUAGUUUAA